CGGAAAAUACGACAUUAAUUAACCUUGUGAGGAUUGAGGAAAUAGCAGGCCGACCCGACCAGACCUCCCGACGCAACACCUUCCGCCUCCUUGAGUCGCCGUCCCCUUUAGCUUGACCCGCUCCGGCGAGACGGUUCCGACCGGCGGCGAGGCGUACAGGGAGGUGGAUUCCGGCGGCCGGAAACGACCCGCUCCAGAAAGGGCAGCACCCGGGGUCGAGCUUUGGACCUUACGAGCUCGCAUUCUGAGUAUGCGAAAGACCGGUGGUUUUAAAUGCUGGAAAUCAUAUCACUUCCGUUUAUAAGUGCACAAAUAUGUUAGGGAAUUCUUUGCUAGCCGAGAAAGAAUUGGCGCUUGCAAGUAUAUGUGGUUUGUUCUCAUCAAGCAUGCAAAAGUCUCAUACACCGUCCUGUCCUACUAUCACAUAUGAAGAAGCUCUUAGAAGGGAACUGGAAUAUCGGCGAAGGUUGGAACGUACUCAUCCACAUCUGUUGAUUGCUCUUAAUGAAGCUCCUGCGCUAUCCAGAGAGACCUGUACAGAUUCAACACCUGAUGUGUUGAAGAGAAAGUUAACUCCUGAGAGUAAUAUGCCUUCACCGCAGUCAAGCUUUAAUUUCACCGCUGCAAGAAGCCAGCCAGCAAAUUGGUACCCCCCAAAGAAAAAAGUAAUAGUUCGACAGCCUGCAUCACAGGCUAUGCAGGCUGUUCAAAUACCCAGAACAAAUUCUGUACCUUCCUUUUGGUGCAAAAUAUGCAAGGUGGAUUGUGUCACCGAAUUCAAUUUCGGCGCCCAUAUUGGAGGGAAAAAGCACAAACUCAAGAAGCAACUGAUUCUUGGUAAUAUGAACACUGGAAGACCUGCCACUGGCAGUCAGUUUCCAGGUAACACAAACCGUGGACCCAGUGAGAAUGCAUUUUCUGGAAGCAGAAAUGAUUUACCGAAUGUGGGUAGCAGCAGUGUUGGACCAAGCAGCAGCGUGUCCUCUGGAAGCAGACCUAGUGAAGCAAACCCUGAAGCAUUAAACUAGGUAAUCAGCCUUGUUAGGUACUGUGGAAGGCAGGCUCCAAGCAGUUCUCAAGGUCAUGGAAGCUGUGCAAGAGUUUGCAGUUAACAUCAAAGAACUAGGCUGUAGGCUGUCCUCGAAUGAUCACAGUUGACUUUGAUGAGCUCUCUCAUUGAGCUGGUGCAUGAGAAGACAUAUUGGGCAAUUGCACAGGUUGAGAUGGCCAAGGAGUAUGUGUCUCUCAUCUUAUCAAAGACUCGGCGACGUUUACAAGGUUCCGCAAGAAUUAAAGCAUCAUGAUACAGAGCUUUCUUCACAAACACCAUGUUAUAUGCUUGUAACUGUUACAUACUCAAAUGAUUGAUUGAUUAGAUCUUGAGUUUGAUGUUGUCGAUGAAUUUCAUGUGCUGGAAAGGAUGGAUCUUGUUCUCAUAUGUGAGGACAAUCUUCUGUUAUCCAUUUCUGUGCAAUUGUUAUCCCUGUAUCUGAAUGCAGGGGAUUUCAGUGGUCCUAUAUGGCUUUUAUUCUGAAAUAAAAACCUGGGGGUUCCUUA